UAACUGUAUUUUUUGGGGUGUUAUUGUUCCGUAAAGCGGUAGUAGGUUUCUUGUUUCUGGCGGAAUCGCUGCGACUGCGGUCCUUCUGUUUCCGCGUCUGUGAGGAGGAGAGCCGUGGUGUGAUUUCACAAGACUACAUCAAAAUGCAGGACCCAAAUGAGGAUACCGAGUGGAAUGAUAUCCUGAGGAGGAAAGGUAUCCUUCCCCCCAAGGAGGUUCCAAAAGAAGAUGAGGAGGAGGAGCUGGCCCUCCAGCAGCAGUCUGUCGUUAAAACAUAUGAGAGUAUGACACUAGACGAACUGGAGGAGAAUGAAGAUGAGUUCAGUGAGGAUGAUGAGGCUGCCAUUGAAAUGUACAGACAGAAACGUCUUGCAGAAUGGAAGGCCACUCAGAUGAAGAAUCAGUUUGGUGAACUGGGGGAAAUCUCCGGUCAGGACUACAUCAAGGAGGUCAACAAGGCCGGAGAGGGCAUCUGGGUGGUGCUGCACCUCUACAAACAGGGCAUCCCUCUGUGUACCCUCAUCAACCAGCACCUGAACACGCUGGCCAGGAAAUUCCCUCAGACCAAGUUCCUCAGGUCCAUCUCCACCACCUGCAUCCCUAACUACCCCGACCGCAACCUUCCCACCAUCUUCGUCUACUCUGAGGGGGAGAUGAAGGCUCAGUUCAUCGGCCCGCUGGUGUUUGGGGGCAUGAACCUCAAAGUUGAAGAGCUGGAGUGGAGGUUAUCAGAAACUGGGGCGGUGAAGACGGACCUGGAGGAAAACCCCAAGAAACAAAUCGAAGACAAGUUAAUGUCGUCAAUCAGAAGCUCACUUCCUACACGAAAGGACAGUGACUCUGAGGAUGAGGACUAUUAAAAUAAGUUAUAGGGGGGGAAAGCCUGUCACAGAGAGAUCUUGUGGUCACGUCAUGGAAGAGGAUCUGUAAACUCCUGAGUGGGGACAUACUGAGGACAGCAUCUCCUUCAACAUUGUGUUCUUUUUUCCGUGUUUAAGUUGUGCAGCUGGCGCUCCUGUGCAGAGCUCAGUGGUUGUUGGAGGCGUUUGUUCAGGCCACUUGGCUGGAGACAAACAAACACAGUAUCAUCCUGUUCAACCUCUCAGCCUCCUCUACAUUUUAUUGGGGGAAACAGCACGACAUUCACACUUUUGCUAUCUGAAUAAACAUUAAACAUGUCCUUGCAGAAAAAUCAAAGACAAAUUAGAACUUUUUUAUUAUGUUGAAUGAUAAUUGUGUCACAAAAUGUCAUGUAAAUCUAAUUUUCUUUGAAUUAAAUGUGAGUUCAUCUCUUUG